AUGCCACGUAGCAAGACUGGAAAAAAGCGAGAAACGAUUAAUCCUGAAUCGUUAAUGGGGGCUUUGGAGUCUAUAUUCCAUGAGGAUCCAACAAAACGUAUUAGCUGUAGACAGGCUUCCAAAGUUUUUAAGAUUAGCCGUGCUACACUUGCUAGAGAGGCCAGAAAAUUUCAAGAACCAGAAAGAGGAGAAUAUCACUAUUCUCAAUUCCGUGAAUACGGUACUUUACAAAAACACUCGAGAGUGCAUACAGGUGAAAAACCUCACAAGUGUGAAUUUUGUUUUAAGCAAUUUGGAGAAGCAGGUUCUUUAAAAGCACAUUUAAGGAUACACACUGGAGAAACACCUUAUCAGUGUGAAGUUUGUUCAAAACAGUUUGCUAAAAAAGUUCAUUUAACUGCUCACAUGACAGUUCACACCGGAGAAGUACUUAACAAGUGUGAAAUUUGUUCUAAGCAAUUCAUUACAGCACAUAAUUUGAAAGUACAUUUAUUACUGCACACUGGGGAAAAACCUUAUCAGUGUGACAUUUGUUCAAAGCGGUUUGCUCGAAAAGGUCAAUUGGCUGGUCACAUUACAGUUCACACUGGAGAAAAACCUUACAAGUGUGAAAUUUGUUCAAAACAGUCCCGUACUGCUGUUGAUAGGAUUACCUAA